ACACAGCUAAGCAAAGCUAUUAUUUCGUGGGGGAGGGAGCGAGCGAGCGAGAGGGGCGGAUUGUGUUGCCCGCUAUCGCAACCGCUGCUUCGUUUGGAUCAAAGCGUGCGCGAACACGACAUCGUAGGAUCAUGACCCCUUCUCCUCCCCUCCUCCCCACCUCUUCCUCCUCCGGAACCCUAAUUUAUCGAGCCACUUCCUCUAAUUUGGAGACCCCAAGGCGCCGAUCGAUGUCGGGUUUCAUUCCUACCGCCACCGAUUGAUGGGCGUCGGUCUCAUCUCCAUUCCCCGGGUCGUCGAUUUGGUGGGAUUUUCUUGUCUUUGGUGAGACCUUGCGGCUUCGCGAGAUCGGUGGAGGGGGUGAUUUUUGUUGCCAGGACUACAGCUUGAAUUGGGUGCGUCUCCUGCUUGUGAUUGCGGUGGUCGGAUGGAGCCUCGCGUCGGGAACAAGUUCCGCCUCGGUCGCAAGAUCGGGAGCGGGUCCUUUGGAGAGAUCUAUUUGGGUACUAAUAUCCAAACGAACGAGGAAGUUGCAAUUAAGCUCGAAAACGUCAAGACAAAGCACCCGCAGUUGCUAUAUGAAUCAAAGCUCUACAAGAUCCUGCAAGGAGGAAGUAAUGAAAAUUUUAAACCCUUUUGUUGUCAGGCAGUUAGGUUAAACUUUUCAAUUUCUUACUAUUGUUUCCUUUUCUUUUUUUUUGGGACAGCUGGAAUCCCUAAUGUGAGGUGGUUUGGUGUUGAGGGUGAUUAUAAUGUCCUUGUAAUGGAUUUACUAGGACCAAGUCUUGAAGAUUUAUUCAACUUUUGCAGCCGUAAACUCUCUCUGAAGACUGUUUUGAUGCUUGCGGAUCAGAUGAUUAAUCGAGUGGAAUUUGUGCAUUCUAAGUCCUUUCUGCACCGGGACAUCAAACCAGAUAAUUUUAUUAUGGGUCUUGGUAGACGAGCUAAUCAGGUUUACAUAAUUGAUUUUGGUCUGGCAAAGAAGUAUAGGGAUACUUCAACACAUCAGCAUAUUCCAUAUAGAGAGAACAAAAAUUUGACUGGGACAGCAAGAUAUGCGAGUGUGAACACACAUCUCGGCAUAGAACAAAGCAGGAGGGACGAUCUUGAAUCUCUUGGAUAUGUUCUUAUGUACUUUCUAAGAGGAAGCCUUCCUUGGCAAGGUCUAAAAGCAGGAACCAAGAAGCAGAAGUAUGAAAAAAUUAGUGAAAAGAAAGUUGCCACAUCAAUUGAGGCUUUAUGCAGGGGAUAUCCUUCAGAGUUUGCUUCGUACUUCCAUUAUUGCCGUUCACUUCGAUUUGAGGAUAAGCCUGAUUAUGGAUAUCUGAAGAGAUUGUUCCGUGACCUUUUCAUUCGUGAAGGUUUUCAGUUUGAUUAUGUAUUUGAUUGGACCAUUUUAAAGUAUCAGCAAUCGCAGAUAGCUGGUGCUCCUGCACGUGCUAUUGGUGCAAGUGCAGGACCAAGCUCUGGCUUGGCUCCUGCUGUGGCCAAUGAUAGGCAGUCAGGUGAGGAAGGAAGGGCAAGUGGUUGGUUGGCUAUGGACCCUUCUCGUCGGGGACGAGUUACACCGCCACCUGUAAAUGCAAGCAGCUCGUCAAAGCAGAAGGCCCCUGUGGGGAAUGAUACAUCUGCCAGUAAAGAUGCUAUGUUUUCCAGUUCAACCUUUAUGGGACGAUCAAGCGGUUCAUCAAGGCGAGCUGCUGUUUCUAGUAGCCGAGACAUGGUGGGCCCUGACACAGAUCAAUCUCGCACUCGUACUGCUGAGGCCAGCCCAGUGACUUUCCACAAGGUUUCGAGUGCUCAAAGAAAUUCGCCUGCAGAGCACAAGCAUACUUCAUCUGGAAGGAAACCAUCUGCAAUCAAGAAUUACGAGUCCACGCUCAAAGGCAUCGAGGGCCUUAAUUUUGAUAGCGAGGAAAGGAACCAGUUAUAGAAAUUGCAAGUCCUGCUGCGACUUCCAUCCUUGUUCCUCUGUAGACAUCCAUUAACUAAAAUGAAAGUACAACUUGGUAUUUUUCUUUCCCUUUGUUUCGAGUCGCAAAUGAAAAGCUAGUGUGUGCCUCUAUGGAUGUGAACUGCUGAUUUGAGGUGCCCCAAAAGCUGAAAGGCACUGACAAGAAGGUGGGUCCAAGCGUCCAAGAAGCUUCUUGUGGAUUUGUCUAGGAUACAUGCAUUUGGUUGGAACAUCAUGGCUUGUUCCUGUUGUACAUGCCAUGGAUGCUCUGUUACCACAUGGCUGUCCUUGUUAUUUCAUUAUUAUUCUUGAAUUUCUUAUGUUUGCUUGCACACUAAAAAUAUCACCCUUUGAGAUCUAAAUCAGAUCGUCUGCUUGAGGUCUUCUAUUCAUGUA